AUGCAACUCAAACCACGCACCUCCAACCUCGCACCUCCAACCUCGCACCUCCAACCUCGCACCUCCAACCAUGCAACUCCAACCUCCAACCUCCAUAUUCUAAACUCCAAACUCCAACCUCCAACCUCGCACCUCCAACCAUGCAACUCCAACCUCCAACCUCACACCUCCAACCUCCCACCUCGCACCUCCAAACUCAAUCCUCUAAGCUCGCACCUCCAACCACGCAAUUCCAACCUCCAAAUUCUAACCUCCAACCUCCAUAUUCUAAACUCCAAACUCCAACGUCCAACCUCGCACCUCCAACCAUGCAACUCCAACCUCCAACCUCGCACCUCCAACCAUGCAACUCCAACCUCGCACCUCCAACCUCAAUCUUCCAACCUCUAA